AGUACCCUUGGCAAUCUACUUCUAUCAGUGCAUGGUGCGGAACCUGGCCGCGAUCCAGCGACCGGACGAAAGAUCGACGAUCGAUGCAACGAGCACGACAUGCGCUUUGUGUACUAUAUUAUGCUGAACGACUGGAGACGCGUCGAGUGGGAAGUGUCCGCGGUUUCGCAGUACAUACCACAUUCUGGAUUGCUGGUUGCGAAUGGCGUCUUCUUUCGCCGUCUCGCGCGGAAAAAAACGGAUCUCUUUGAGUUGUCACCGGGUGGAGAAGACGUCCAGGUUAAGCCUCGAUGCGAUAACGGGGGAAAUGAUGAACACGACAACGACUGAAGUGACGUCGGGAGCAGAUCCGGAAGAAGAGGUGGGCAAGCCGGCGCUGAAACCUACGUGGCACGUGGACCGGCUUGCCGAUUUGAUGGUGAAGGACGUCAAGAAUGAGAAGUGCUUCCGGUUGGAUCAGCUGAUCAACGAACGCAACGAAGGAGCUGAAGGACGAGUGCGAGGACGCACAGGGAAUCCUCGCCAACUUCAAGCGCUUGCCAGAGUUCAACCAGGAAAAGCUGCCGUUUGCCGCCGCCCAGAUUGGCAACUCGUUUCGUAACGAGAUCUUGCCGCGUUUUGUGUUGAUACGGGUGCGUGAGUUCACGAUGUGCAAGAUUGAGCACUUUUGCUAUCCGCAACUGAAGGACCACCCCAAAUUUUAAAACCUUCGGGACCUGGUCAUGUGCUGUACACGGCCUGUAACCAGAUGGACGGCAAGGUCGCAGCAAAUCAUGAUCGGGGACAACGUGGAUCAGAUGUAACAUCCCGUGCCGAAGACGAGCGAAGUUGAAAAGCAAGCAAAGCCGCCAUUGACAAGGCAUUCGAGAAUGAAGCCAAUGACGUCACCGAACUUCCAGCCAAACUGAGCCUGAGUGAGGUGAAAACCAUCGGCGGGGGAGUACACUUAAAAACUGAACCACAAUAACCCUGAAAACCCUGAAAAGCUCACCGUCAAAUUCAGCUCCAAGACCGUGCACGAGGAGAUCACUCCGUCCGUUAUCGAACCUUGGUUCGGUGUUGGCCGCAUCCUAUACUCGUUCCUUGAGCACAGCUUCCGAAGCCGCGAAGGCGACGAACAGCGCAGCUACUUCUCGUUGACCCCGGUCAUGGCC